UGUCUCUGGUAGUGUAUUCUGAUGAGGAUUCCUGGAAGAAAUUCAUUCCUCCUGUGCGUGUGCACAAGGGGUUUGUCAGCGGCUGGGCGAUGGUCGGAGACAUCCUGCUCUGCAUGCCGCUCUCCAUCUUCAUUCAGGUCAUACAGGUCAACUAUAAGGUGGAAGGACUGGAGGAACAUCUCAACGACCCGGUGAAGCAACACCAUCUCAUCCGAACGCUGCCGGCCAGAAUGAGAAGACAGCUGCUCUACAAACGGAAAUACAUCUUCGCCUUCCAUGAGAACCUCCAAAAGCUGGUCUACAUGGGUCUGGUGCAGUUUGGGCAUGUUGAGAAGUUCAAGGAGAAAGACCAGGUGUUUGUGCACGUGAUGCGUAACGCCUCCAUCGUCGACACCACCAACGCCGAGCCUCACUACUGGCUCGUCACAGAGUCCUUCGACAAACCCUUCGAGCAGCGCCACUACACGUUCAACAGCGCAGAGGACGUGGAAAACUACUGGUUCGACCUGAUGUGUGUCUGCCUCAAUACACCACUGGCCAAGGUUCACCUUCGGGACCUGAGGGUGUUUGAGGGACCGCUUCCCUCAUGA